AUGGCGGUAGCGGCGGCCGGAGGCGGCGGCCGGCUGCAGCGGAGCGGCGCGCUGGAAGUUUUGGUGCGCGACCGGUGGCACCGGGUGCUGGUGACCCUGGGCGGCGAGGCGCUGGUGCUGAGCUGCGAGGAGGGCGGAGGCGCCGCCGCUUACAACGGCAUCGGGGCAGCCGCGGCGGGCAAUGGAACUUUCUGCGGCAGAGGCGCCGGCGGUGGGGCGUCGAGGGCGAACAACGCCGCCGCCGCUUGCCCCUUGCCCGGAGCGGGCUCGCCCGAGUCGCCGUCGGGGAGUAGUUACAACGGCGGCGGCGGCGGCGGGAGCCCCGCGACGGCGGCGACCGGGGUUCGGACGGCACUGACCGACUUGCCCGAGCAAGUGCCCGAAGCCGUCUCCAACCAGAAGCGGUGCGUCAAGGUGCUGAAGCAGGAGAUGGGCGGCUUGGGCAUCAGCAUCAAGGGGGGCAAGGAGAACAAGAUGCCCAUCCUCAUCAGCAAGAUCUUCAAGGGCUUGGCGGCCGACCAGACCCAGGCGCUCUACGUCGGCGAUGCCAUCCUGACCGUCAACGGCGCCGACUUGCGCGAUGCCACCCACGACGAAGCCGUGCAGGCGCUCAAGAGGGCGGGCAAGGAGGUCGUGCUGGAAG